CUUAGCUGUUGCAUCAAGGCCACACUUACGAAUCAGCUAAAGAGAAGGAAGAACUCCGGAAGUGUUCUGAUACACAAAUUUUGAAGGAUCGGUAGCUUCUUGAAUCUCAGGUUAAUCAAAGCAUGAAUCACUCCCUUUUUUUCUAGCUAUUUUUGUUUGACUACGUGUGUGUGUCGCUCUUGUGGCACGUUAAGCAUGUGAUGAUGUGAAGCAAUCUUCCCCAAGAUUAGAGAAUGUUUCAGUUCCACAGUUAUCAUCAUGUUACAAUGAGUUCUUGCUUUAAACACAUAGUUGUGUUGAUUAACCAGAAUGGAAAUCAAUGUGCUACACAUAAGUUAAUCAAUGGCAUCUUAAUUACAUAAAGCGUCAGCGUAACAUCUACGACCUGCCUUUUGAUUAAAUUAAAUAUAAAAAAUUAUUCAGCAAAUAGACGACGCACGUGUAGGGCCCCGCGUCAUUUGCACGCGAUAUGUCUCGAUAAAUCCCCACGGUUGAUUUUAGAAAGGUAUAUUCCAAUCAAACGGCUGGAAAGAAAUAGUUAAGAGUAUGCAACACGUCUCUCUCUCUCUCUCAGAGGCUUUCGUGUUCUAUAAAAAAAAUGAAUACCAACUCGCUGACUUUGCCACAACGUUUUCUUCUUUGGCUCUGACUCGUCUCUCUUCUUCUUCGCAAACAUGUCGGACGAGGAGCACCACUUUGAGUCAAGCGACGCAGGAGCUUCAAAGACCUAUCCUCAGCAAGCUGGUAACAUCCGUAAGGGUGGUCACAUCGUCAUCAAGGGCCGUCCCUGCAAGGUUGUUGAGGUUUCGACAUCAAAGACAGGCAAGCACGGUCACGCCAAGUGUCACUUUGUCGCCAUUGAUAUCUUCACUUCUAAGAAGCUUGAAGAUAUUGUUCCUUCUUCCCACAAUUGUGAUGUUCCACAUGUGAACCGUGUUGACUAUCAAUUGAUUGAUAUUUCUGAAGAUGGCUUUGUCAGCCUUCUUACUGACAAUGGUAGCACUAAGGAUGAUCUCAGGCUCCCAACAGAUGAAGCUCUCCUCACACAGCUCAAGUCUGGAUUUGAAGAGGGAAAGGAUAUAGUUGUGUCUGUCAUGUCUGCAAUGGGAGAGGAGCAGAUGUGUGCCCUUAAGGAAGUUUCUCCCAAGUAAUAAUAAUGCUAAUAAAGUAAGCAUUCUCCUCUGCUCUGCUUGUGCAGAGGAUAAUAAACUCAUAAUCAGUUUGAAAGAAUUGAAUUAUAUAUAAGAAAAAGUUUGGUUUUUUCUUCUCAUUCUUCAACAUAAUAAUUUAAAGCCUAAUGUCUCAUGCAAAGAUACACCUUUUCUAUCUCACUAUUUGAUUUGGUUGUGUAGAAGUUACUGUUGACAGUUCCAAAACUAUACUAUAUAUUACUAUAUGUGUGAUAUAUAUGAUAAUUUCUUAGAUCCCAAGGCAAAAGUGUUUAUACGUAAAUCAGUAACUUAACUUGAUUAUGCGUUUUGAUCACUUUCUCUUUUGAGUAACUCCUCG